AUAUGGAUAACAGCAAGGAUGAAAAAAGUAGGACGCUGUGUGCAAGCUCAGAAGAAGGGCUGAAAGCCCGAGGAAAAGAAAAAAGGAAACGAAAGCGGAGCAGAAGCAGAUCCUCAUCUGUUUCAUCCACAUCGUCUUCUAGCAGUACAUCCACGUCUUCCUCCUCAUCACACUCAUCGUCAAGGUCAUCUUCCAGUAGUAGUAGAGAUUCUCCUAAGUCUAAGUCAAAGAAGAAGAAAAAAGAAAAGCACAACAAAAAGAAAAGGAAAAAGGAGAACAAAAUGAAGAAAAAGAAAGAAAAGAAGAAAAGGAAAGAGAAAACAGGACCUGUCCAGCUUUCCAAGUUCUUCAAAAACAAAAAGAAGAAUGAAAACUACAGCAUGAUAACUGGAAAGAAAAUUAAGAUGAAAAUAAAGAAGACUAAGGAAGAUAUAGAGAGAGACCGGAACCGUGCACAGCUCCUGGAAUUUCUGAACUCUGCCUUGUAACGGGAAGAGUGCUCACCAAGGAUUGGUAGAUGUACCGAGCCAACCAUCAUCCUAGCAGAUCACUAAAGGGAAACUCAGGGAAAAGGACACCAAGUUGGACAAGACCAGACCCUCCUACAGAGAAGAAAGUUGGAAUGUCCUUUUUUAAUGGCAAAACAAAGAGUAGCUAAUAACUUGUUAAUGGAGAUCCAUGUCCUCCUUUUAAGAUCCUGAGGUAAUAGCCAGUCUGUGGUGUUUCAGAAAAGCCCAAGUGUGUGUUGUUCACAAUGAUAAGAAAUGACACACUGAAGUCCAGCAAUGUAAUUUCUAUCCUAACUGCAUGCAGAAUGCACUCUUGAUUUCAAAUGUCUUAAUUUUUCUAGUAGUUUAAGCAGAGUAUUUGUAAAUGUCUGUUUGAAAGAUGAGGUGUUUCUUUUAUGUAUAUUUUUUUCUGGUAGUGGUUAUGCUUAUCCUAAAGAGCAAAUUUACCUUUGUAAAUAGAACAUCCUUUUUCAUAAAUGAUUUUUUUUUUUUGAAAGUUCAUUCACUAAUAUGUUAUUUUGUUUCAGAAUUUGAGAUGCUGUGUUUCUCUGGACAGUUUAUUGCUCUCUCUCAUUAGAAAGUGUAACAGCAAAAUACUCUAGAGCAAUAAUGGUAACAAAUUAUUUUUAUCCUAAAAUAGAAGCAGGAAAGGUCUCUGGUUUUGUUUAUCUGAAUCAGUUAUUCAGCUCAUAGCAGAUAGUUUACUCUCCAUAUCUGAUGUUGCAGUUCCUAGACCAGAAGUUCUGGAGUUGUGGCCUGCUUUUCUGAUCCUGUGAGCCAUGUUACAAAUCUUUCUCUCUCUGAAGUGCAGCAAGACACAUCCUAUCGACAUACCUUAGUCUGAUGGACAAGAGCUGUGGAAUGGUGUUGAGGCAGGCAGUGGCAGUGACUUCACAGGUCUGUUGACAGUCCACUGUGAGAUGAGACAGGGCAUCAGGAGCCCAGCACAGCUUGUGGGUGUGCCAGUGUGGUAAUUUGCUCAGUGCCUGCCUUCUUUCCAAACCUUGACUCUUGGUUACCCAGCAGGCCCCUUUGUACAUAACCCCGCUGUGGGAAUUCCACUUGAAUCAGGUGCUUGUGAAUCAGGUGCUCCUCAGGGGCUGCAGUUUAGGAAUGCCUGAAGGAAGGACUCGAGGGGAGUUGACUUUGACAAGAACAUCAAGUGUACAGCAGAGUGGGGGGAGUUCAUUAAAGAGCAAAUGGAAAACUGUG